AAAAAUAUGUUAGACUCCACAAUCAUGUUAAAUCCUUUGAGUAUUCAGGUUGCUAGCCAAUGCUAUCCUGGAUUUUGUUGGGAUCAUGCACAGCAAUCCAUGGGAAAAUCAACUGAAGACAACAACGACGAGAAAAGCCAUCCCUCUCUGAAUAAAUAUUUAUCAGACCAAACUGGCAUCCAGGACACUGGUAAAGCAAUGAAAGAGUUGCUUGCCAAGUACUGUAUUUGAAUAGAUGGUCAUCAAGCAUCCAAUCCCCAAAACAAAGCGUCUGAAGCUCAAAAGGCAGAGAGCAGCAAGGCCUCUGAGAUAUUAGUCCAUGAAGAAGCUAAAAACUGUAAUAGCUCCAAGAGCUCUGAAGCAAACAACCCUGAUGAACAUAAAAGGACUGACAAGUCUACUCUCCAAGAUGCUUCCAGACUUAGAUCGAAGACUAAAUCCAAGGCUCCGAAGCACGACUCUGAUUCAGAAGAGUUCACUCUAGGAAGGGCUCAGCUGAACUACAACACUCGUAAAGAUGUCGUAUUCAAGGCUGCUUUCAGAAGACUUCGCAAAUACUUCAUCAAGGAGUUUGCCAAAGACUCAACCUCUCGCCAAUUGAAGGAAGAUUACCCACAAAGACUCAGAGAUUAUUGCAAGGCCAAGUUCCCUGAAGCCCGUCUUGACAGAGUCUGAGUAAUCUUUGACUGCAUCGUCAACGCUAAAGGCAGACUUGGGACGAUUCCACAAGAAGACACCCAACUCAAAGAUACUAUCAGCAAACUACUGUACUUCUACUCUGAGAAGAAGUUCAGACUGAUGAAUGAACACCCCGAGUUCUUCCAUGUCCUACUAUAUUUCAUCAGUCUGGAGAACGUGGUCAGCUUAAUCUUCAAUGAGCAAAAGCAAGCAUUCCAACAGAAAGUCAAGGCUCACCUAAAUAAGCUGAAGGUGUUAGCAACCUGCAUGAAGACCCCACAAGACCAAUAUUAA